CAGAAUCAAUGGAUUCCACCACUACCUCUCCAGGCUCCGAUCCGCUGCCGGCGAAGCUGCGCUUCAUGUGCUUUUACGGCGGGCAUAUCAUUCCCCGCCCACACCACAAAUCCCUGAGCUACGUCGGCGGCGAGAAACGCAUUGUGGCGGUGGAUCGCGGCGUCUCCCUGGCGGAACUGCGCCGCCACCUCUCCCACACCCUCCUGAACGGCCAGCGGCGUUUCACCCUCAAGUACCAGCUCCCACACGAGGAGCUUGACUCGCUCGUAUCAAUUGCCAACGACGAGGAUUUGGAAAACAUGGUUCAAGAAUACGACAGGAUUGCCGGCGACGCCGCCGCAGCCUCCCCUCUGAGACCUCGUCUCCGGUUUUUCCUGUUUCCCGACAAGCCUGAAACUGCAGCCUCCGCAGGUUGUCUGCUUGCCGAUGCCAAAUCUGAGCAGUGGUUCGUCGACGCCAUUAAUGACUCCGGGUUGGUCUCCAGAGCCUUUUCUGAUCCUACCAUCGAUAUUAAUACGGUAGAUCGUCUCCACGGAAUCUCCAUCUUCAAGGAUAAUAAUUCUUGUGCAGACUCAGGGUUGGUAGUCAACAUUUCCAAUCAGGAUGUCCAGUCUACACCUGAUUCUAUAGCAAGUGAAAGCAGUAGUGCAUCUUCUUCUUGGAAGCAUAUAAUCCAUCAAGAUGCCAGUAAUGCCAGUCUUGUUACAAACUGGGAAACUACAAGUAGGCCUUCUGCAAUAAUGGAUCUCAGCUCUCAACUUCUGAUGCAUCAUCCUCUCCAACAUCACCUCCUUCACCCUCCACCCACGCACUAUAUUCACCACCCAACACCACCCGACCCCCUGCCCCUCUCUUACUAUCCCAUCUAUGCGCCACCACCACAACAGCCGCCGCUUCCUCACCAACUUGAUCAACACCCUCCUCUCUAUGUCUUGCCCGUCGCCCAAUCUCCGCCGCCGUACAAUUUCCCGGCCAAUACUGCUGCAGCGCCGCCGCCAAAUGUGACCAUCAUUCCGCCCAUUUGCGCAGCGAACACGACUACCUUGUACGGGCCAGCCGCCGCCGCCGCUGCUGCACCGACUCCGACGACGGUGGUUCAAGUUCCGACCGGAAAUCAGUUACAGGCGCAACAAUACUUGGGUCUUUCUCAAGUUCCUCCUUCACUACAGCAGCCCAUUACCGCUCCUGCUUCUCAAGUCUACUACGCCGCUCAAUGUCCGGCGGUGGCGCCACUUCCUUCUCAAUACCAGACUGUAACCCCCGCAACUGCUGUGCUAAUAUCACAAGCUCCGGCGGCUCAGCUUCCCGGAGAGAAUUCUAUGCAGCAAAUAGUAAGUUCACAUCCCCUUUAAGGAAAUCCAGAUGGCGGCCAUGGAUAGAAAAGCAAGCAAGG